GGCGUUUCGAAGAAUGCGGGUAAAUAACUGUUAGAUACAGUGUGCACUUGUUUCCGACGAUUUGAUAAAUUAUCUUUAAAAUACAUGUUUAUCGAAGUGCGUCCUUGUUGACAGGCAUUGAUUUAAUUAGAGUUAACACCAUGUAGUGAUUAAGCUUUCGCCACUAUGGUAGUGAUUUAAAAAUUAAAAGUGAUUUUUUUACGUUCGAGUGAGGAUGUGCGAAAAAAGUCAUUUUGGUAACCAUGUCGCACAGGGAUUUUACGGAGGUUGAACCAGAAGGUACCUCUGAACUACCAGCAGCCAAUCGAGCUCUUUUUCUUGAAAAGGUCCGACAAUCAAACGCUGCCUGCCAAAAUGGCGACUUUGCCACAGCCGUCGCCCUCUAUACCGACGCCCUCCAACUCGACCCUACCAACCACAUUCUCUAUUCCAACCGCUCAGCAGCCAAACUGAAACAAGGCCUUUUCGCCCAAGCCCUCCAAGAUGCCAUCACCGCUAGAGAACUGUGCCCAACGUGGCCGAAGGCGUACUACAGGCAAGGAGUGGCCCUACAAUGCCUUGGUCGUCAUGGCGACGCCUUGGCUGCCUUCAGUCAAGGCCUUGCGCAAGACCCAACAUCUCAACAACUCCUGUCGGGAUUGGUGGAAGCCUCCAUUAAGUCGCCUUUACGCCAUAAUCUAGAGCCUACCUUCCAACAGUUAGAAGUAAUGAAAUUAGACCAAAGUCCCUUCGUUUUAAUUUCAGUAGUUGGACAAGAGUUGUUAGCUGCUGGGUUGUAUCAUUCCGCCGUCACAGUAUUAGAAUCGGCUUUAAGGAUAGGUUCUUGUUCUUUAAAGUUGAGGGGUUCGGUGUUCAGCGCGCUGAGUUCUGCGCAUUGGGCACUGAAUCAGUUGGAUAAGGCUAUAGGGUACAUGCAACAAGAUCUAGCCAUUGCUAAAAGUUUGGGGGAUACUGCUGGUGAAUGCAGGGCUCAUGGCAAUCUCGGGUCGGCCUAUUUUAGUCAAGGAUCGUACAAAGAAGCCUUGACUGCACAUCGAUAUCAACUGGUACUCGCGAUGAAGUGUAAGGAUACUCAAGCUGCUGCUGCGGCCCUAACAUCACUAGGGCACGUGUACACUGCCAUUGGUGAUUACCCAAACGCCCUCGCCAGCCACAAACAGUGCGUACAAUUAGUCAAACAAAUGGGUGACAGACUACAAGAAGCUAGAGAGAUCGGUAAUGUGGGGGCCGUAUAUCUAGCAAUGGGAGAUUUUGACUCAGCAGUUGAUUGUCAUACGCAACACCUACGCAUCGCCAGACGCUUAGGUAACCAAGUCGAAGAAGCCAGAGCUUAUAGCAACUUGGGCUCUAGUCACCAUUACAAAAGAAAUUUCGCCCAAGCCAUCGUUUACCACGAAAAAGUACUCAGACUAGCGCAAGCCAUAGGUGAUAAGUCCGUUGAAGCUAGGGCUUACGCUGGCUUAGGUCAUGCCGCGAGGUGUGCCGGGGAUUACGUACAAGCAAAACAGUGGCACGAGAGACAACUAGAUGUCGCUCUAGCCACAAGAGAUAAAGUUGGAGAAGGAAGGGCUUGCUCUAACUUGGGUAUAGUUUAUCAGCUGCUGGGUGAAUACGACGCUGCUUUGAAACUUCACCAAGCUCACUUAGCGAUUGCUCGGAAUCUCCAAGAUAGGGCUGGAAUGGGACGUGCGUAUGGUAACAUAGGUAACGCCUAUUCUGCUGCGGGGUUUUACGAAUCCGCAAUCAAGUACCACAAGCAAGAACUGACCAUCAGUAAGGAAGUACACGAUAGGAGUUCCGAAGCAAGUACCCAUGGGAAUUUGGCUGUGGCGUAUCAAGCUUUGGGUGCCCACGAUAUGGCACUUUUGCAUUAUAGAGCUCAUCUUGGUAUCGCUAGAGAAUUGAAAGAUACUGCUGGAGAAGCAUGCGCGUUAUUAAAUUUAGCCAACUGUCUUAGUUCGAGGUCUGAAUUCGCCGAAGCAAUACCGUAUUACGAACAAUACCUGAUGUUGUCUCAGGAACUUGCCGAUGUUGAAGGAGAAGCCAAAGCCUGUCAUUUUCUAGGAUAUGCCCAUUAUUGCAUCGGUAACUACAGAGAAGCCGUCAGGUACUACGACCAGGACUUAGCUUUAGCCAAAGACUUGCAAGACAAAAUGAACAUGGGACGAGCUUAUUGCAAUCUAGGCUUGGCUCAUUUAGCGCUAGGUCAACUCGAGACAUCUCUUGAGUGCCAAAAGUACUUUCUCGCAAUUGCCCACAUGACCAACAAUUUGCCUGGUAAAUUUCGUGCGCUGGGCAAUAUUGGUGACGUUCUUAUAAAAAUGGGCGAAACCGAAGAAGCAGUCAAAAUGUACCACCGACAAUUAGCCUUAGCUCGAAGCAACAGAGACAGAGGUAUGGAAGCUGCAGCUUGUGGCGCCUUAGGCAUAGCCCACAGGUUACUAAAACGCCUAGACAAGGCCCUAGGUUAUCACACCCAAGAACUAACUCUACGACAAGAAAUGUCCGAACUAUCAGGAGAAUGUCGUGCCCAUGGUCACCUAGGUGCUGUUCACAUGGCACUAGGUAAUUACACCCACGCGGUUAAAUGCUACCAAGAACAACUAGAGCGUGCUCAAGAACUACAAGACUGUGCUGUGGAAGCUCAAGCCUACGGCAACCUAGGUAUAGCAAGACUAAAUAUGGCCCAUUACGAAGACGCGAUAGGUUAUUUUGAACAACAACUAGCAACCUUAGAAAGGUUAAGCUCUGCGACGGCUCAGCUAGACAAAGGUCGAGCUUUUGGUAAUUUGGGUGAUUGUUACGAUGCUUUGGGAGAUCCAGAAGAGGCGGCAAAAUGUCACGAACAAUAUCUAGCUAUCGCUUUAAAACUGAAGGGUGUACGAGACCAAGAACGAGCGUACCGAGGGUUGGGUCAAGCCCAAAAAGCCCUCAGUAAUCUUCAACAGGCCCUAGUUUGUUUAGAGAAACGACUAGUUGUGGCUCAUGAAUUAGGUAGUCCUGAUGCUAAAGCAGCUGCUUAUGGAGAGUUAGGUCAACUACAUGCGACUUUGGGUAAUUUGGAACAGGCGAUUUCUUGUUUGGACCACCAAAAAGCCAUCGCACGAGAAUUAAAUGAUAAGAUAAUGGAAGCGGAUUCUAUUUGCGGGUUAGGUACAGUUUACCAGCAGAUGGGUGAGUAUACGACUGCUCUUAGAUACCACCAGAACGAUCUCGACAUUGCGGAACAACUCGGAAUGCCGGUGUUGCAGAGUAGGGCUUACGGCAAUUUGGGUGCGGUGCACGAAGCCCUUGGUAAUCUAGAACAAGCGGUACGAUACCAAGAACAACAUCUACAAAUUGCCGCUAGUACCAACGACCAGUUAGCCAAAACCAUGGCGUACAGUUCCCUCGGACGGGUUCACCAACUUUUAGGUAACAGAACACAAGCUGUGGCCUAUUUGACGCAAGGCCUAUGCAUUGCUGAAGCUCUUGGUAGAAGAGACGAAGAAGCAAGGAUACGUAAUCGUCUUGGUUUGACCCUUUGGGCUAACGGUGAUUUAGAUGGUGCUCAAAAGCAACUCGAAGCGGCGACUCACUUACUGGAAACUAUUAGACGCGAAGCUAGAAAUACCCCCGACUACAAACUGUCACUCUUUGAGCUGCAAACUUCCAGUUAUCAAGUUUUACAGAGGGUGUUAGUUGGGUUGAGUCGCCAAGACGAGGCUUUGGUAGUGGCUGAGCGAGGCAGGAAUAGAGCGUUUGUUGACUUGUUGCUGGAAAGGCAAGGUUUAAAUGAUAGUAGAACGAAAAACAAACACAGCAGAUUUGACGAUAUUGCGACUAAUAGUUUAGAUCAAAUCAAAGAUAUAGUCAAUAGGCAACGGGCGUCGGUGCUUUAUUAUAGUGUAGCUGCAGGGUUCCUCUAUGCGUGGUUGAUAGUUCCUACUAAAGGGGUCGUGAAAUUCCACUCAAAACUUUUACAUGAAAACAACGAACAAGAAAAUUGUGAUAAGAACGACCCGAUACCUAGCAGUACGGGCAUUUUAGAGAAACUGGUUACUUCGGUGCGAGAUAGUUUAGGGGUUGAAUUGUCACCAUGUUCUACCAUCAACGAAGAUCAAUACUCGGACGACACACUUAACGAAAGAACUGGUUUCCUUAGAAUGGUCAAUCGUCAACAUCUUUUGAACAGCAGCAAUUACUCCCUCAGCUCCUUAUUCUCCUUAGGAAGCGUCGGAGGUUCAGUUGCGUCUCUACAAGGUUCCACUAGAUCUAGCACCAGUGCGCAAGGUUCAACUAGAGUAGCGGCUAGACAAGCAUGGAAGGGACCAUCUUGUCUGCAUGCUUUGUACACUUUGCUCAUACAACCCUUUGAAGACUUUCUACCAACUAAAACUUCGUCAAGUAAAGAUAAUACUAAUCGGCGUGAGCUCAUUCUAGUACUAGAGGGUGAUUUGUAUUUGGUACCGUUCCCAGUUCUUCGUUCUUCGAGUGAAAAUUCUGAGUACCUCUGCGAGAGAUUUUCUCUUCUAAUAGUACCAAACAUAUCGUCUCUUCGUGGUGGCCGUACCCGAAAACAAGAAAGUGACCAAGCGGUACGAAGCCUAAUUGUCGGUAACCCAAAACUUCCGAGUGCUGUUACGGAACACUGGGGUUGGAAAGAGAUACCUCAAGCGGAACAAGAAGCUACUAUGGUUGCAGAACUGUUACAAGCACAGGUUUUACUCGGCGGUUCUGCCACGAAGGAACAAAUCCUUAACCAAAUACAAGACGCUGAAUGUGUACACUUUUCCACUCACGUCUCGUGGAAACUAUCAUCCUUAGUACUCAGUCCUGCGGAAGUUCUAGAUCAAAGCCAGUCUAAAAGAUUAUAUUUAACUGAUCCAAAUGAAGAAGACGAAAGUAGUGAAUUGUCAACCACCGCAGAAUUGCCACCACUAUCAGAGUUUUUGUUAAGCGCAGCUGAUAUUUUAUCGUUGCGGCUAACCGCAAGGUUGGUCGUGGUAAGUUCAUCUCACACGCGUGACCAACAAGGAUGGGCUACUUCAGACGGCUUGGUUGCCUUAGUUAGGGCUUUGUUAGCAGCGGGAGCCCAAGCUGUGUUAGUUUCACUAUGGCCUGUGCCUGAAACAGCUUCAAAGAUUCUACUUCGGGCCUUUUAUUCAGCCAUGUUGCAAGGGACUAGGGCCGCUAAAGCUCUAGCUGAAGCUAUGCAGACCGUACAACACACAAAACACUUUGCCCAUCCCGCUAAUUGGGCCGGUUUUCUUCUCGUCGGGUUAAAUGUUCGUCUAUCUAAUAAAGUGGCAAUGAUGGGUCAAGCGCUAUGCGAACUUUUACAAACUCCAGAUAAAUGUAGAGAUGCUUUAAGAGUGACGUUGCAUUUGGUUGAAAAAAGUCUUCAGCGGAUACAUAGAGGACAAAAGAAUGCGAUGUACACCACCCAAAAGUCCAUUGAAAAUAAGGUGGGCUCUAUUACUGGCUGGCGCGAGCUGCUGAUGUCAGUUGGGUUUAGAUUCGAACCGGCGUCCAACGGAAUCCCCAGCAGCGUUUUCUUUCCCCAGUCUGAUCCAGAUGAGCGUUUGACCCAGUGUUCAGCAAGUCUUCAAGCCCUUUUAGGAUUAACCAAUACGUCGAUCCAAGCGCUAUCAAAACUUACGUUAAAUUCUGACGUCGCUGAUGAUAUUAUAGGUGUUAUUCAAUCAGCGCUUGCGCAGUUUUCGUCCAAGGGAUCAGAUACUGACAGUGUUGAAGUCGCCCUCAACGUCAGGUUAUGGCGAGUUCCUGGUUGUCACGAACUGUUAGCAUCUCUAGGUUUCGACCUUUCGGAUGUAGGUCAAGAUAAAGUAACCCUACGAACUGGGAAACAAGCUAACCGGCGUAACAUUCAAUUCACGUUGCAAGCCCUUCUUGCCCUUUUUGAUACGCAAGAAGCCCCCAAGAGUCUCACUAUCGACUCAUCAAGUAGUCUAGAAUCGCUGGCGUCAGUCGACAACGACUUCUCUCAUUCAGAUAACGAACUCAACAUGUGUUCGGCCCCAAAAUCUCCCCAGAACAAACCGAGAAUGCCGCCGGCUUUUGCUCGAACGGUACUACCAAGUAAGCGGUUGGGCGGUGCGUUCACUAGUUAUGUCCGACGGCGGGGUGAACCUGACGGUCGUACCGCAAAUCCGACAGACACCACCAAAACGAUACUCGACAAUAAAACUAGAAAGAACAAUAUUGGGAGACCUGGUGAUACCGAGUCUGCGUUUACUCCGAGUCCUCCGGUGGUACUACAAUCCGAAAGUCAAAAUAUGGCUCUAUCGUUGGCUCACCAAACCCGAAUUAAGAAUUUGUAUUCACAGAGUGAGGGUAAGACUGAUCAUUUGAGACCAGAUAGUUCGAGUUCUGCAAGCUCAGCAACGGAUUGGGAUAACGGUCAUGCGACGGUUCUAAGACGGCAGACCCAACACCAAAUACCACCACUACCGCCAUCUAGGACGAAACCUCUCGUGGACUUGUCGUUGUACAAUAACUUACCAACUAGAGUAUUCGAGAAUAGUUCCGACAGUGAGCUAGAAAAAAUGGAAGCGAAACUUUUUAACACUGCUGGUAGAAACAAAAUCGCGUAUAGAAAGUCGAGGAAUGCCAUGUCUACGCUAGAUCGGUUGAGUGUUAGAACUGAGUUGACACCGGCUCAGAAUGUUAUGGGUCAAACUAGAAAACCGAUCACACUUCCGAGCGAGGAAACUCUUCCAGCUAACGAAAGACUCCUGUACUUCUCUCCAAACGACAUAGAUAAUACAUCACAGAAGAUCAAAGCCAACGACACCGACGAGCCAGCACCAGAACUUAAUAAAACCGAAAGUAAAAAUCAGUCUACGAGUCUUCAUGAUACUAUUCUAGCGACACAGUUGCGCCAUAUCAAUCGGGAAUUAACACCCACGAUUUCGGAAGUAUACCACGAACGCAAUAUAGGGUUAGGAUUAGCUCCCCCUCUUUCCAAACUCUUGCUUAAUCAAACUUCCAAUGCCACACCCCAAACCGACGGAAGCGUUCUCGAAAAGAUUACUCUCGGUAUUUUGGAAGAGUCAGAUAUGAGUGAGGAGUUGAAGCCUCAUUUAUGUAUUCGCUGCAAAAUGGAGGAUUGCGGAUGCAAAGGUAAAGUAACGAAACCCUGGAUGUCGGAAGGUGGCGGAAGUUUACAACAAAUACAGAGUUCGGAUCUUACGACAGCAGAUAUUUUGGAACGAGAAGUGAAAAAUAAAAAGGGUUUAAGAGCUGAAACUAAAACAAAAGGUGAAAUGGAGCCUAAACGUCUGUCCCCUUUUUCCGAAAUGUCCCGACGAGAUGAAGGAGAUGGUCGAAGUAUUGCUGAUUCCAAUUGUUCCAGUUAUAAGAAUACGCAGUAUCUCAACUAUCACACUGGUGAUAAGAAAAAGCCUAAUGUUAAAGUUAGGACACUUCAUCCACCUAUUCCAUCACAGAGAAGAACCAAACCUACAUAAGUUAUUCUUCUGGCUUUUCAAUGGAAAUUUGACUGUUAAGACUGAUUUGCUUUUCACUAGAAGUAACAAUGUUAAUUGUUUGUAUGCACUAUUUAUGUGAUAAUAAUGGAGUCUCUUGUUCUUUCUUGUGAGAACCAGUCAGAUUAGAAAAAUUUUAUUGACUGAUGGAGACUAUCUAUUAGUGGUACUUUACAAUGUGUUAAUAUUGUUUCUUGAAGACGUACAAGUUUAUAGCAGCACUAAGCAUACAAGAAACAUUUAUCUUACAGUUUCAACACUUGUUACACAAGGUGGUUGUAAAAGACCCUGCAUCAAGUGAUUUUUAAUGACAGUUCACCCUUUCCUUAACACACGUAGCAAAAAAUCAUUCCAGCUGAAUCAAGAAGCAAAAAAAGCUUUAGAAAGUUAGGUUAUGAUUGACAUUUCUGGCAGUUAUGUCGUAGUCAUUAAUCAUCACAACGAGGCGGUACAAUUCACGAACCUUCAAGCCAACUUGAAACAAGAUCUUUUAUGAUUACCUUACAAAAAACCACCAAUGGAUGGGUUGUCUUUUUGGAAUGUUAUAAGUUAAAUAAUUUGGCUGGCUUUUUUGUUACAAUCGUUAAGAUUUAUUUGCUGAGUAGAGAAAAAAUGUUGCAUAGGGGUCAUGUUGCAACUGUGACUAUGUGAACGUCGAUUCUUCAUAACGAAUCGUAAUAUGUAUAAUCAUUUUUUCUAAUGUGUAUAAUAUAUCUAUUUAUUUUUUUAAAUUGUAAUCCUCAUUGUGAUUUGUUGCAAUAAGUGUACUUUCGUACCUACAAUAACAUUAAAGAAGCAAUAAAAUGUAUCUUGGACCAACA